CUGGUGAUGCUCUCCUACCUCCUGCUGGUCCUGGCCGUCGCCAUGUGGGCGAUACUGACAAGCAGCCGUGGGAACAUAGAAGACUUCUUCCUGGCUGGCCGAAGCCUGGGGUGGUGGCUGAUUGGUGCUUCUCUGUUUGCCUCAAACAUUGGCCCUGCCCACUUCAUGGGCCUGGCCAGCACGGGAGCGGCCUCGGGGAUCGCCGUGGGGGCCUUCGAGUGGAAUUCUCCGUUUCUGCUCGUUGCUCUUGGCUGGAUAUUUUCUCCUAUAUACAUUAAGGCCGGGGUGGUGACGAUGCCAGAAUAUUUGAGGAAGAGAUUUGGUGGCUCCCGGAUCCAGUUCCUCCUCGCUAUUCUGUACUUAUUCCUCUAUCUCUUCCAAAAGAUCUCAGUGGAGAUCUGCACUGGGGCCAUGUUCAUGGGGCUGGUGCUGGGGAUGGAUGCUUACCAGGCCACCAUGGUCUUGAUGACCAUCACUGGCGUCUAUAUGAUCACAGGUGGUUUCCUCACUGUGGUUUACACGGACACCCUGCAUGCCAGCGUCAUCGUCCUGGGGUCCCUCUUGGUGAUGGGCUUUGCUUUCAAGGAAGUGGGAGGGUACCAGGAGCUACUGCAUAAGUACCCCAACGCCAAGCCAAGCAUAAUCCAGGAGGGAAACUGGACUGCCCCGCCAGAAUGCUACCUGCCUCGUGCGGAUUCUUUCCAUAUCUUCCGAAACGCCAUUACCGGAGACCUCCCCUGGCCUGGAGUGAUCUUUGGCAUCCCCAUCCUUUCCGUAUACUACUGGUGCAACGAUCAGAUCUUUGUGCAGAGGUGCCUGGCAGGGAAGAGCAUGUACCAUGUGAAGGGGGGCUGUGUCCUUUGCGGGUACCUGAAGCUGCUGCCCAUGUUCACUCUUGUGAUGCCCGGAAUGAUCAGCCGCGUCCUGUACACAGACAAAGUGGCCUGUGUCACACCUUCCGAGUGUGACAAGCACUGUGGCUCCAAAAGCUCCUGCAGCCCCCUCGCCUACGCUUUGCUGAUCAUCGGGCUGCUGCCCAAAGGUGCCCGAGGCCUGAUGCUGUCCGCACUGUGGGCGUCUCUCAUGUCCACCCUGACCUCCAUCUUCAACAGCGCCAGCACCCUCUUCACCGUGGACAUCUACACCCAGAUCCGGCCGACAGCCACGGAGCGGGAGCUCAUGGUCACGGCCAGGUUUUUUGUUAUCAUCUUACUUGCUGUCACCAUCGUCUGGGUCCCUGUAAUCCAAGCGACAAACAGCGAACAGCUGAUUGACUACAUGCACGCCGUGAAGAGUUACCUGGUGCCCCCCAUCGCCGCCAUCUUCCUGCUCGCCAUAUUUUGCAAGAGAGUCACUGAGCAGGGGGCCUUCUGGGGGCUGAUCGGUGGGCUCCUGAUCGGCUUCAUCCGGAUGGUGUCUGAGUUUGCCUACGGGCGCCAUACCUGCUCGGCAGACAACAAGUGCCCUCCGAUCAUCUGCGGCGUGCACUACCUCUAUUUCGCCAUAAUCCUCUUCGUCAUCAGUCUCCUCACCAUCCUGGGCAUCUCCUUGCUCACAGACCCGAUUCCGGACAAGCACCUCCACCGGCUCUGUUGGAGUUUACGCAACAGCCAGGAGGAGAGGGUGGACCUGGACGCAGAGAUGCAAGUGAAGAGAACGGCUCUGCGGGUGCAGCCCGGGGUGAGAACGGGGACCGAGAGCUGCUUCUGGAAGGCCUUGAACAUAUACUGUGGCCUGGAGGCGAAGCCAGGCGCCAAAGUGGCCCCAGAAGAGGAGACGGAGAAGGCGGAGGAGUCCGGUACCCCGCCCGAAGAGACAGUGCAUAGCGCCUCGCCCGAAGGGACGAAGCCCCGCGAGGCGCCGGAGUCGCCGUUCUGGAGCAAGGUGGCCAGUGUCAGCGGGCUCCUCCUGCUCCUGAUCACGGCCCUGUGCCACGUCCUCUACCACUAA